UUUGACCUCAUGUUCUUUUCUGAAGGCUUAGUAAACUCUGAAAAGUAUUCUGCCUUGUGAAGUUCUGUUUCUGCUGUUGGCAUCUCCUUCACUGCUGGGUGUGAGUGAGCGUUGUAAGUUGUACUACUUGUUAAUCAGAGUAAUCCAUUUUACAAUACCAUUCCUUUUGGUAUUAAUCUGAUAUGCAAAUUAUCUUUUCCCCACAGUUUUGUUUUGUGUCACAGGCCGCGGUUUUGCAUCAUUUCUCUCGAUCCAGACAAGGACAGCUAAAACUAGUCAAAGUUCCAAGUUGAGAUUCACAAACACGGACACCGUGGACAAGAUCUGGUCGCCAACUCGCCAUACUGGAACCUUCCCCCUCCUCAGCAGGCAGCAGCAGCUCCUUCAAAUUCCCCAGUCAAAGCUGCGGCCGCCAUCCUCACUUGCCUCUCCUCAGCCCGCACGAGCACGAAACAUCGCGCCCUAGUAAGCUAAGCAGCAGGCUGAUUCCCCACGAAAAGCUCCGACUUUGACCGCCGGCGAGCCAUGUCCGCCGCGCCGGAUGAGUUCCUGGCACAGGGGACCUACCUCGCCGCCCCCGAGCCCUUCUCCCCCUCCAUCUUCCUCGACCUGCCCCCGACGCCACGCCCCAACGGCGACGACCCGACCUCCGACGACCCAGCCUCCUCCGACGAUCUCGUCCUCCCCUUCAUCUCGCGGAUGCUCAUGGAGGAGGACAUCGACGACAAGUUCUUCUACCAGUUCCCCGACCACCCCGCGCUCCUCAGCGCCCAGCAGCCGUACGCACAGAUCCUCUCCGACGCCACCGCCUCCUCCUCCUCCGACUCCGCCACCGCCAUCAGCUCAGGGACCGUCGGGAACUCCACCCUCUCGUCCUCCUCCCUUGCCGCCGCAUCUGCCGAACCCACCUGGCCCUACGACCCAAUCGAACUCUCCCAGCUGCUGCGCUCUCCUCCGUACCCGGACAUGGGGGUGGGGCUCGAUGAUUUCACCACCGAAGAGGUCAACGCCGUCUUCUUGCCGGGACAAGACGCCGCGUUCCAGCCGAGUCCGGCGUUCUUUGUUACCGGCGGUAGCGGCCAACGGCUGAGCGCUUCCCUCACCGCCCAGAACGUUGGCGGUGUUGGAGCUCAACAGCAGCGUGUUUCCCUCGUUGCCCAGGACGCCGGUGAUAGCGUGGCCAUCCAGAGGUCGGCGUUCUUGAAUGGCGCGGAGGAGACGAAGACAGAGGCCACCACCUUGCCUGCUGGUGAUGGUGACCAUGCCGCGCUGUUGUCGGCCUUCUUGGGUGCGCAGAAUGGGGAAAACAUGGACAUGCUCAACGUGGCCUUCCUCAAAGGCAUGGAAGAGGCCAAGAAGUUCUUGCCCACCAAUAAUAGCCUUCUUGUCGACCUUGACGACACCUAUGGCCAAUCCUUGCCUACAGACAGAGACACCAAGCCGUGCACUGCCUUUGCUGCUACCCAAGUGAAGGAGGAGGAGGUGGUGGUGGAUGUAAUAUCAAUGUUUGGAGGAAGUAGCAAUGGCAGGGGCCGGAAGAACAGUCACACCCAAGAGGACUUGGAGUCGGAGAUGGGCAGAAACAGCAAGCUGAUGAUGCCUGAACAAGAAGAAACUGGUGCUAGUGAGCUAUUCGACGAAUUAAUGUCCUGCAAAUAUGAUGGAUUCUUGAAACACAUGCAGGAUCUGCGCAUCGCCAUGGAUAGCGAGUCUGAGAAGAGUGUGAGGAGGGUGAGUGGGAAGGGGGCACGAGGGAAGCAGCAUGGGAAUGAGUUUGUUGACCUGCACACCAUGCUUAUCCAUUGCGCACAGGCAAUGGCCACCGGUGAUCGCCGAAGUGCAACCGAGAUGCUGAAACAGAUCAAGCAGCACUCCUCUCUCAGAGGGGAUGCCACACAGAGGUUGGCCUAUUGUUUUGCAGAAGGACUGGAGGUGCGACUUGCUGGCACAGGGAGCCAGGUGUACCAGUCCCUCAUGGCAAAACGCACAUCCGUUGUGGAGUUCCUCAAGGCAUACAAGCUAUUUUUGGCGGCCAUCAGCCUCAAUAAGGUGCAUAUCAUCUUCUCCAAUGGGAACAUCGUGGAUGCCGUGGCAGGGAGGAGCAAGUUGCACAUUGUAGCAUAUGGUGUACAGUAUGGUUUACAGUGGCCAGGCUUGCUACAUUUCCUGGCAGGUAGAGAAGGUGGGCCUCCAGAGGUGAGAUUCACCGGCAUUGACCUUCCACAGCCAGGGUUCCGCCCAGCCUACCAGAUUGAAGAAACAGGCCGCCGGCUUAGCAACUGUGCCCGUGAAUUCGGUGUGCCAUUCAAGUUCCAUGCUAUAGCAGCAAAGUGGGAGAUGGUCUCUGCCGAGGACCUGAACAUUGAUCCAGAUGAGGUGCUUGUUGUGAACAGCGAUUGCCACUUGAGCAACUUGAUGGAUGAGGGUGUUGACGCUGACACCCCAAGCCCCCGAGAUUUGGUGCUCAACAACAUUCGGAAGAUGCGACCCAAUAUUUUCAUCCAGAUUGUCAAUAGUGGCACAUAUGGUGCUCCAUUCUUCCUCACACGGUUCCGGGAGGCACUGUUCUACUACUCAGCACUAUUUGACAUGCUGGAUGCAACCAUUCCCCGGGAUAAUGAUGAACGGCUGCUGAUCGAGCGGGAUAUUGUUGGGCGAUCUGCCCUGAAUGUUAUUGCUUGUGAGGGUGCAGACAGGUUGGAUCGCCCUGAGACUUAUAAGCAAUGGCAGGUGCGGAACCACCGGGCUGGGCUCAAGCAGCUACCGUUGAAUCCAGAGGUUGUAAAGCUUGCCAGGGAUAAGGUCAAGAAAUAUUACCACAAAGACUUUCUCAUCGAUGAGGAUCGCCAAUGGUUGUUGCAGGGAUGGAAAGGGCGGGUCCUCUUUGCCAUGUCAACUUGGGUUGCUGAGGAUAAUAACUCCACCUUUUAGCUGCUUCACUUUGUCUUGUUUUGGAUUAUGAGUGAUAUUGAUGUUUGAUGGAUGGUCUGUGUCUUUAUUUUACCACCAAACUACGACCCAGCAUCUGUGGCCCGCUGGACUUCUGUUUCUAGAGGGUUUUAGUGCUGAAACUUUGUAAGCUAGUAGAAAAAUAAGUAGAUGCUUAGAGGUACAUAGGAUGCUGAUAUAUUUCUGGAUAUGUUGCAGAAUUGUGAUGUGUACAUCAUCUGUAACUGAUAAAAGCAAUUUUAUUGAUUACUUAAUCGACCUUUUAUCCGUC